GGACUUUGUACUAGUAGGGAACGAACACUGUUGGAGCUCAGAGCCUGGGAGACGAUGAAACGUUUCUUUCGACCAGUAGAGAAAGAUGGGUCCGCCAAAAAGCCUACUCUUUCAUCUUCUUCAGAAAAUGGAGAAAUUUCAGGGGAGGGCAGCAAGAAAGAGCCACUUAAGUUCAUAACGUGGAAUGCCAAUAGCUUUCUUCUCCGGGUUAAGAAGAACUGGCCUGAGUUCACUAAGUUCAUCACGAGCUUUGACCCAGAUGUCAUUGCAAUACAGGAAGUAAGGAUGCCUGCUGCUGGUUCAAAGGGUGCACCUAAAAAUCCAGGAGAGUUGAAAGAUGACACUAGCUCAUCACGGGAAGAAAAGCAGAUACUAAUGCGUGCCUUGUCAAGUCCGCCCUUUGGAGAUUAUCGUGUUUGGUGGUCUCUUGCAGAUUCAAAGUAUGCAGGGACUGCAUUGUUUGUAAAGAAGUGUUUCCAACCACAAAAAGUAUUUUUCAAUCUUGACAGAAAAGCUUCAAAGCAUGAACCAGAUGGCCGGGUCAUCUUAGCUGAAUUUGAGACCUUUAAUUUGUUGAAUACAUAUGCUCCAAACAAUGGUUGGAAGGAGGAAGAAAAUUCAUUCCCAAGGAGACGAAAAUGGGAUAAAAGGAUUUUAGAGUUUGUUCUGCAGUCUUCAGAUAAGCCUCUCAUAUGGUGUGGUGAUCUGAAUGUUAGCCAUGAAGAGAUUGAUGUGAGUCAUCCAGAUUUUUUCAGUGCAGCAAAGCUUAAUGGUUACGUUCCUCCAGAUAAAGAGGAUUGUGGACAGCCUGGAUUCACCUUGGCUGAGAGGAAGCGUUUUGGUAACAUAUUGAAAGAGGGAAAGCUAAUAGAUGCAUACCGGUUCCUUCACAAGGAGAAGGACAUGGAGCGUGGCUUCUCCUGGUCUGGAAACCCCAUAGGAAAGUAUCGAGGUAAAAGGAUGAGAAUAGACUACUUCAUUGCUGCAGAAAAACUCAAAGAUAGGAUUGUUGCAUGUGAGAUGCAUGGGCUGGGGAUUGAACUACAAGGGUUCUAUGGAAGCGAUCAUUGUCCAGUCUCCCUUGUGCUUUCUGAAGGACGUGCCAAUUCCAAAGAAACUGAAUUAUCUGCGUAACAUGUAUCCAUACGUUACAAUGCCACUGUCAUGUUUUAGAGAAAAUUUACUUUCAAUCUGUAGUUCUGUACUAUAUGGAGGAUGCUAUUUAGGUUAGGUUUCCUUAAAGUUUCUCUAAUACUUUGACAACGUGAUAUGGGAAGAAAGAAGAGGGCAUAUUGCAGUGACAUUGAUUGGUGUUGUUCUAAUGAUUUAUGUAAAAUGAUUUGGCCCUUCAAUUUCAUGUUUCGUUUUUUUAAGAGAA